CCCAGACAAGCCACUUGCGACUUUUGCAUCUCUGAACCAUUCAUCUAUUCUGUUUCAAUCUGCUGCAAACACCCGUUAAAACGUGUGCUGGUUCUAUUUAUACAAUGUCGGACGAACCGUCUUUGCCGCAUAUGCCGGCUGCCGUCUCUUGGGACGAACAGUCACAGAGCUUUAGCAACAAUCCCCGGAAACGCGUCCGCCAACAGGGUCCCAACCACGCGCCAUCCCUCAAGUACAACUCCAGCGACCCGGCCAUCUUCUCAAGCGAUGAUGACCCGGCUCUAGACAAUUAUGUCGAGGGACGGCGCAAGAAACGGUACGUUGGGUCAUGGUUUCAACAGCAUCCCACGUCUUCAGACUCGACCUUUGGGGAAUCAAUUCAAGUCCCCAAGCAGCGGCGGCAAUGGACGCGACAGCUCGACAGUGGUGUUUAUCUGGGCAGUGACGGCAAUGAGAGCGAUGACAUGAUGGACGAGCUGGAAAUUCCCACCAAACCGAGAUUGCCGCAGCUCGAUCGCGCUGCUGUGCGCCGGAUCUCAAAAGCUGAGCAAAGCGCGCGCGACAAGGUGCGGGCAUGCCUCGAUCAGGGACAAGAGACCAUUGAUUUCUGGUCAAUGGGACUGGAAGACGUAUCAAACGACACUAUCAGCCCCCUCUCACAGUUUUCAUGCAUUCCUCUCGUUACCAAGGAUGUUGCGUUUGAACAGAAGGACCCGGAGCUCAAGGUGUACUUCGCCAUGAACCGGCUAACAAGGGUCCCCGGCGCCAUAUUCGACAUCACCUACCUCACCAUCCUUAGCCUUCGAGGCAACAAACUCAGGGAGCUUCCUCCCGCAAUUUCCAAGUUGCACAACCUCAAAGAGCUAAACGUCUCUCAAAAUCGCCUCCGUCACCUUCCGAUUGAGCUGCUUGAACUUCUGAAGGCAAACGGCAGUCUCCAUACCCUUGUCCUUCACCCCAAUCCCUUCUGGCAGCCAGAGCAUGAUCUACAAAACGAAGGCCCGGCUGAUGGUGAAGCUCAAUCACCAAACACGGUCUUGUACCAGUAUGAGGAUACUGAGGAUCUGUCAGUCCCACAUCUCGUGGGCAGGUCACUUGGCCGCUCUCCAGUACAGCUCUCCAACACAAUUGGUCGUAUAUUUUCAGACUUCAGGCUUCCCUCCGGUCCCUCUUCCCUUAUCCUCCCUGUCGAGGGUGCAGCAGAUGCCAAACAGACUACUGCUGAGAUACAUCGCAACCUCACAGGUGGAAGUGCGGUACCGAGCCUCCUGGAGACAGCCCUCCGAGCAUGCUACCGCAGCGGCCAGCUUCCUGAUAUGGGAUGCUAUAUCCCCGAUGGCCUCUCCCACCUCCGUGAGCUCCUCGAGCGAGCGAUCAGGCAGAAGGAGGCUGGCGGCUUGAGAUGCUCUCGCUGUAGCAAGUCAAUUGUGGUCCCAACUGCCGAGUGGAUAGAGUGGCAGGAGAUCAGGACCUGCGAGCGCGUGGCACAAGAUGGUCCCGCCCAAGUGCGGGCCGUGCCACUGAGCAUGGCGGAGGGGGAGACGGCGGUGCCGUUUAUUCACAGGGGAUGUUCCUGGCGAUGCGGGCCGACGAAUACAGGAAAGGGUAGCUGGGGAGUACCAGAAGGAUAUCCUGCGCCAACAAUUGUGGAAGAAUCAAAUCAACAGCCAUAGUUUGAGUAGUCACAUAAAUAACUCGGCAGAGAAAUAGCAUUAUGACAAAUUUCACGGAGUCCGAUGGCCUAGUAUGGC